AUGGAACAUAGAGAGUCUAACAAGAAUGAGGUGAAAUACAGAGGUGUAAGGAAGCGUCCAUGGGGGAAAUAUGCGGCUGAGAUACGCGACUCAGCCAGACACGGUGCUCGUGUCUGGCUCGGGACGUUUAACACAGCGGAAGACGCAGCUCGAGCCUACGAUAGAGCCGCUUUCGCCAUGAGAGGACACAAGGCCAUUCUCAAUUUCCCUCAUGAGUACCCAUUGAUGAGGGACGGUUCAGGUGGCGGCUGCGAGAAUGGAGUGGCUUCUUCGUCGUCAGAGUACAGAGGAGGUGGUGGUGACGGGAAGGAAGUGAUUGAGUUUGAGUAUUUAGACGAUAGUUUAUUGGAAGAGCUUCUGGAAUAUGGAGAGAGUUAUAACCAAGACGUUUGGAAUGACGCAAAUCGUUAG